AUGGCGCUCCUGUCCUCUACACUCCUUCUCCGCACGCACUCCCUCACCCUCCUCACAUGCGCCUACUACCUCCUGACCUCGCCCAUACACCUUCUGUCCUCGACCCCCAUAUGGCUCCUCGGGGAGAGCAUGAGCGUCCGUCCCGCGGGAUACGCCCCGGAAAUAACACCCAACGAUGCCUCAUCGACUGCAGGCGCGAGCACACGAAUGAGUAAGAACACGAACAUGAAAGGCCUGCUCGCGGGACAGGGUAAGGGAACAGGGCAGCCCGAGAGGGAACUGUUCGCGUUUCUAGCGCUGCUGCUGGUGGUUUAUGCGGUCACGCAGUUUCUCUUUGCGGGAGACCUGUCCAUGCUUCAGAGUACUGCUGCAACCACCGCAUCCUCGUCGUCUUCAACGCAAGCGAGGUCGUCGAGAGGCACGGGCGUGAGCAGCCCCCGAAAGGACUCCACUGCAAAGUCACCCUCGCGCUACGCCGAAGAGCUGCACACCCUCCUGACAGCCCAAUCGCGCUGGCUCACGCUCUCGGCGAUACACGUCUUGGCCUCGUCGACGUUGGUGUUUUGGAUUUACACGUUCCACUCGCAUUCUGCCUCGGAGGCUCCAUCUGCAACAAGUUCUCCGGAAAAAUGGACAUCGCUACUCUCAGGACUGAAUCUGCUAGCGAACCGAGUGACCUUCACGGUUGGGCUGGCUGAUAUGCUUUUCUGGGGGUACUUGUGGACGGUCCUAAAGGAGGAGGGGCGGGACAUUGCGAAAGUAUUGGCCAGGCGCAGAGAGACCGAAGACGAUGAAUAA